AAGAUUACCGGGUCAGUAAGAUAGGACGAGUGUUUAAGGCUAGUUCUGUAAUUCGACAAAAUUCGAAAGACAAAUUUUUAAUAUGAAGUGCUUGUUUUAUUUGUGUGCAUUUGUUCUGGUCGGGUUGGCGCUAGGAGAUACGAAACUGCGUUCGCGUGGCUGUAUUUACGCAUUAGGGAGAUGUGUAAGAGAAUGCGAGGAAGGCACCCAUGGGUAUGCAGUCGGCUGCGACUUCAUAACCCCAGAACCCACCUGCGAGGAGCCGAAGCCAGUUAAAGACACGCGUGCUGGCCUCAUCUGUGACUUCUCUGCUUGUUACUGCGACCCGCCUACUGUGAGGGAUACGAAGACCAAGAAAUGCGUACCCCUUGAAGAAUGCCCGCAGAACUAAAAUGGGAAACCAUAUUCUCUAUAGUGAUGUGACGAGUCAACAACUUUUGCUAUUCGAAUAUUUUUGAUACUCGAUAAAAUAAGAAUCCCGACUCGGGUUUGACUCGAAUAGUAUCUCUCGUACUCGAGUAUCUACUUGUACGGAUAUUCGGAUACUUUAACAUAGUCGAUUACUUUUUUAAUUGAACUCUAAAGUAUAUAUGUAAAAAAUAAAUGAUUCAGCGAUUUGAUAAGGUUUUUAAUAAUUAAAGAAAAUAUUACUAAAAAUUUGAAAUAGUAACAAUAAAUUACAAGUAUAAUAAACAUACGAGUAUUAUAAAGUAUUCGAAACCUAAUAAUAUAACAAUAUAAAUAUAAUAUGUGCUUAUGAAACAUUUAACAAUAAAAUUACUCGAAACCUUAA